AAACUUGUUCCACCUCCUCAUAAAGCUGAUUGCAAGCAACAGCAAAAGCACAUAAUCAAAAAGCAUAUAGAGCUUCCUUUGUCAUAAGGUCCACUUGGAACCAGGAUGGCUCAGGCAUUCAUAUGGGCAGGUUUAGCUGCACUGAUAUUUCUUCAGAGUGCUUCUACCUAUAAACUGGUUUGUUACUUUACCAGCGGGUCCCAGUAUCGACCGCCUGGUGGGCGAUUUGUUCCUGAAACCAUUGACGCCAAUCUCUGCACCCACAUCAUUUAUGCUUUUGCCAAUAUAAGUAGUGGCCAGAUAAAUCAUGCUGAAUGGAACGAUGACACUACUUAUGAGACCCUCAAUGAUCUCAAAACCAGAAAUCCCCAGUUGAAGAUCCUUCUCUCUGUUGGUGGAUUUCUCACGGGCUCAGAACCCUUUCACAAGAUAACUGUAUCUCCUGUCAAGUGCUCAGAGUUUGUGAAUUCAGUGGUUCGUUAUCUUCGGGAAAACCAUUUUGAUGGCUUUGACCUUGCCUGGAUCUCUUCAGAGGAAGGAGAUAAAAAGCGCUUGGUUAACCUGGUUAAGGAGCUCUCUAUACAAUUUGAAAGAGAAACUGUGAAAGGAAGGAAGGAAAAACUUCUAUUGAGUGUUGCAGUACAAGCUGGAAGGGAAAAAAUGGAUAAGAGCUAUGACGUAAGGGAAAUCUCAAAGCAUGCAGAUUUCAUGAAUUUCCUUUCCUAUGAUUUUCAUGGUACCUGGGAUGGAAAUACUGGCCAUGGAAGCCCUCUUUACAAGGGCAGAAAUGACGUUGGAUCUUCAUCCUAUUAUAAUGUUGACUAUUCUGUGCAAUAUUUGAAGAAAAAAGGUGCCCCUGCUGAAAAGAUUAUGAUGGGCAUCCCAACUUAUGGGAAGACGUUCACACUUGGUUCCAGACAGACUGGGGUUGGGGCUGUUAUCUCUGGUGGUGGAACACCUGGAGCUUUCACGCGGGAAGCAGGAAUACUGUCGUAUUUUGAGAUAUAUCGAAUCUAAUAAUGGGUGCCGGAAGGAAAGGUGAGGAGCAGGCGGUCCCCUACUCCU